GAGCAAUGUGUGACGCAAGUUUUCUUUACUCCAGGCAAUCAUAAGUAGUGAGAUUCUGUCUGCAGAACAUGCUGCAGAUUCUGGUAGAACAGAUUGCUGCACCUGCCUGGGACAAGAACUGAAUGUAAACCUCUCCAGGACCUCCAAUGGAUGUCAUUUCGGGAUAACCCACGACUCCGCCUGUUUGGUUGAUGACUUUGUCUCUCAUGCUCUUCGUUUCGAUGAUCGGAAGUCUCCUCAAGUUCAGCGCUCCCCGGAGGAUGCUCCUACUGGUUUCGUUUGCUACUUCAUGCAUGCAGUGUUGUACAAAUUCAUGGAUUGGAGAUGCCAUCCCAGACCUUCUACAAAAUCACCCUGUGUGUCCUCCUUCCUUUAUCAUCCUUCUUCUUUAUUGCUGACUCAGAUCCAGUUCUCUCAGACCAGCCCUUCACUGUAGUUUGGAAUGCACCCACUCAGUCGUGUUUAGAAAAGUUUAGGGUGGAAAUAGAUGUAGAAAAAUUUGACAUAGUGUUGAACAACAACCACUCAUUCCUGGGAAACAAGAUGGUCAUCUUUUACAGUACCCAGCUAGGUCACUACCCUUACUAUGACAAGAGUGGGAAGCCAAUCAAUGGGGGACUUCCCCAAAAUGCCAGUAUUGAGAAACACCUGCACAAAGCCAGACAAGAUUUGGCAGCUGUAAUAUUUACAACACGUUUCAAAGGAGUGGCAGUGGUGGAUUGGGAAAACUGGCGACCUCUGUGGACUCGUAACUGGAAUGAAAUGAUUCAGUACAAACUGAGAUCUAUAGAGCUGGCGUAUCGAAAGUACCCAAAGUCGCCAUAUAGCAAGUUAAAGAAAUUGGCCAGAUUGGAAUUUGAAUAUGCUGCUCAGGCAUUUAUGAGACGCACUCUUGAGUUGGGUCGGGAGAUAAGUCCAGAAGGACUAUGGGGGUUCUAUGGGUAUCCAAGGUGUUUCAAUUACGGCUAUGGUAACUCUAGCUCUAAUUACACUGGUGAGUGUGCAGAUAUGGAAAAAAGCAGAAACAACCAUCUGGCCUGGUUGUGGAGGGCCAGUCGGGCACUAUACCCAGAUAUAUACCUGGACAAGGAGUUAAAGAUGUCACCAAAUGUGGGUUCGUACGUGAAGCACAGGGUGAAGGAGGGAUUGAGGAUCUCUAAUAUCGUGCCUGGACAGAAGUUGCCUGUCUUGCCUUAUGCCCGAAUUGUGUACAAGUAUAGCAUGGACUUCCUCACCCAGGAGGAUCUAAUUCAGACAAUAGGACAGAGUGCAGCACUGGGCGCUGCUGGAGUUAUCCUCUGGGGAAACGGAGACUACAGUGUGAGCAAGGAGUCCUGCCUUGCAGUGAAAGCCUACCUACAUGACACUCUGGGUAAAUAUUUAAAAAAUGUGACCAGUGCAGCUGACCAGUGCAGCCAAAGUCGAUGCGCAGGACACGGACGCUGUGCACAAAAAGAUUCUUCCUCCAAGACGUAUCUUCACCUAGACCCGAAGAUCUUCACCAUCAAGGAGGAUCCGAAGGGCAAAGGAUACUUUGUGCAUCCAGUGACGCCCAACAGAAACAUCACGCAGACAUGGAGAGAAUUUGAGUGCCACUGUUAUAAAGAUUGGGAGGGUCCACAGUGCACAAAGAAUCAAACAUGACACAACUUGCAGACACCUGAAUAAGAAAAUGUAAAAAAAAAUAAGAGGUGCAUUUUAUAUAAAGUGAAUAUGAAAUUAAGAUUCUUAAAGAAUUAGAAAGAAAUAUUAAACACAUAUUAGACCAUCAAUAUAGUUUGAAUUCGAUGUAUCCCAAUUGUAACU